CUCGCAUGUCCGUCCGUCCGUCCAUACAUAUGGUCGUUCAUAUGUACACCAACACAACACCAACACAACACCCCCACCUAUAUGGCAAUUAGCUUCUGGGUGGUGGCGACCAUCUCUUGCCCUUCGUCAGCUCUGCCACAAGCCCCUCUAGAUAUGGCGACACUUCCGGCGGAUAGGCACCCAAGUGCCGCAGCAACGCCAGCACUUCCUCGUCCCUCAGACCUCUCAGCCACUCGUCCAGCUCACCCACAUCGAUAUCAGCAUCUGCCGCCUCUCCCCCGAUCCGCCCAUCGCCAUCGCCCGUGCCGUGCAUCAUGUCCCUCUGCAUCUGCUGGUGCCGCCACGCGUGCAUGAGGCUGACACACUGGUCGCGCCUGCCAUCGUCAAGCUGAGCCGGGCAGAACAUGCCAUAGAUGCGGAGAGGGUGGUUAAGGGUCGAUGGGAUAAAGUCCCGAUAGUAAGAAAGCCGUCGCCUCAAACCCUGCGCACAUACAUGCACCCGUGGCCACCUUUAUCGGUGCGUUCGUUCGGCUAUUCUAUUUCGUGGUUACCGUCUGUUGCACUCACCUUGGGAAUGACGCGGAAGCGCUCCCUGAAGAGUUGACUUGCCGAAAGGCCCUUGAGGGUCGGCGUGCGGUUGCGGUUCUCCAACAUCCAUACGCGACCAAGCACGUACUUGACCCACUCAAUGCCCAUCCAGACGGCCCUGAUAUGCACACACACAUGCGACCGACGAACGAAAAAGGUAGUAGGUGUACAGUACAUCCAAUCCAUGUGCCCACCUGGGGACUCCCGUUUCGAUCUCCUCUCCAUCGGCAUCACCCCUCGCCGCAGCAGACGCACUCUCCCCGUCCCCUUCCUCGCCCUCGCCCUCGCCAUCCUCCUCCCCCGCAUCAGCCACUCGCGGCAGCUUCAUUUUGGGCGCCUUGGUGCCACGCGAGCCACAGUCGUAUACCAGACACACGUUGCCGAGAGCGAGCUGCAUGAGGAGGUUGUGAUCAAGAUUCUCGAGCAGAGCCAGGUAGGCCUGGAUCUCGCAGUGGGACGACUGCAGCCGCAUGAAGUGAAUGUCGCUGGCGGGGAUGCCCAGCGCACUCAGACGAGGAAGCACCUGAGUGAGUGAGGACACACCGCGAGAGAAGGUGUACACAGCCGCCGUGUCGUGUCUUUGUGUUUCUCACCUCAAUGCCGUUUGUGAGGUUGAUGAAGUGCCGCACUCGCUUCAUGAGGAAGCGGCACUGAUGCGGAUGCACCUCCAUCCGCUCAUCGUCACCUCGCCAGAGCCUCAGCGUCGCCCCAUUGUUUGUCUUGUCAAUCAGCCCGGCUGACUCAUCCUCAGCAAUCGACUUAGUUGGAUGUGGCUUGUCCACCUCGAGUGCAGAUGCUCCUUGCGUCAUGCGGAAGCCUGCAGCCUCUCGCCAUGGUCGCUUCCGCCCCUUUCGCUGCCUGGCGAGAGGUGUGGGCAUGAAUACGGGCCCUCGUCGAGGCCUUCUGCCGUCCGUAGCACACCCCGCAGCUCCAGAUAAAGCAGCGGAAACAGCGGCAAGAGCAAGAUCUGCGUUCCACAAGGAGCACGCCAGGGAGAGCAUCGAUGUCAGCCAGAUCAUCGAGGAGGGG